UGCCCCAGCCGACAGCCCCUCUGAGGGAGGGGGUUUCUGCCCUUUUCCUCGCCGUCCUCAGGGUUUUUGGUGCCCUUGGGACGCCUGUGAGGGGAGUGGGGCUGAGCCGCGCCGCAGGCGUGGCGUUGUGACUCCCUAACCCUGAGGGGAAUUUUCCCUCACCGCCCUCCGGGCUGCCCUGGCCGAGGGUUUGGCCGUGGACACGUUUGCUCGGAUGGCCGCUCGCGCCUGACGUGCCCUUGUGCGUGAAAAUGAAACCCGGGGCUUGGCUCGGUGGCUGCCUCGCUGGGGUGGCCCCACGCAGGCUGUCCUGUCACCCAUGAGGUUUAAAAAUAAAAAUAAAAGAAUCUGCCCUGACACUGUUUCUUGUGGCAAUGUUCAGUAAAGGUUCUUUCAGACUGUGUUUUGUAGGCUGCUGCUAGGUCUGCAGGUAGCUAACACAUUAGCCAAAGGAAAUAUUCAACACCAAUUACAAUGUCUUCCAGCAAACCUCUGAAUGAGAAUGAAAAACCCAAGGGGAGAAAUCCAGGACUGAGGGGUGUACAGACAACUAUGUUGUUCAGAGCUGUGAACCCCGAGCUUUUCAUUAAACCUAACAAACCUGUGAUGGCAUUUGGACUCGUAGCAAUUACCCUCUGCGUGGCCUACCUUGGGUACUUGCAUGCAACAGCAGAGAACAAAAAGGACCUCUAUGAAGCAGUUGACAGUGAGGGGUCCAGAUACAUGAGGAGGAAAACUUCCAAGUGGGACUGACGACGUAAGGAAGGAAAUAAGCAAGUCAUUUACAGAACUUUUUGAGGCAACUACUGUUUUUUCAUCUGCCCACUAAAAUAAUGCUUAAAUAUCUCUGUUGCCAUUUAAUCCAGUUUAGGUGCCAUUAUAAAAUACUGUGCCAUAUGAAUAAAUUGUAAUUAUGAUAUAUACAAACAUAAAA